AGGCUGGGCGCGAGAUUCGGCGGGAUGGACAAAAAUCGGACUGCCAAAAUAAUAAAAUAGAGGUGCUGGGGAGUGUGGGACGUAACGGACAGUUAGAGACACACCAAUAGUAUGUUCUUUUCUGCAGGAUAAGGCAUUGACAUUGUAUUUAACUACGCAACCAGCUAAAUAAGUCGCCGGUAUUGUACCAGUUGUAUGAUUACGUUGUUGAAUUUACAACACAGCGGAGCAUGACGUGAAACCAUACCUUGGGAACUGCAAGACAAGACUGCCUGUAUUUUGCGCUAAAUACUGGACUAUGGCUGGAAGCGGCUUACAUAAAUAACUGUUUACAGCUGACCAAAUUGAAUGGAUUCUAGAGCAACAAAUUAUUUUGUGAAGCAUUGAUCAACUUGCCAGCUGUCAUUAUGGACAACAUGAAGUCGCGCAGUGAAGACGAAGAUGAAGAACUACAUUCUACAGACCCAGAGAAUAAGGAUAGAAGCAAAGACAAGAAGACUCUGUUCAAGGUCAAGUGGUCUCGGGAUGAGGAUGAGAGGCUGAAAAAGUUAGUUGAGCAGCAUGGAACAGACUCCUGGAAGUCAGUUGCCAAUUACUUCCCUGGGAGGACAGAUGGCCAGUGCCAGCACCGCUGGCAGAAGGUGCUCAACCCGGAGCUGGUGAAAGGACCCUGGACAAAAGAGGAGGAUCAGAAGGUUAUCGACCUCGUACACAAGUACGGUCCCAAGCGAUGGUCGGUGAUCGCUAAGCACCUGCAGGGCCGGAUCGGUAAGCAGUGCCGCGAGCGCUGGCACAACCACCUGAACCCCGAGGUCAAGAAGUCAUCCUGGACGCAGGAGGAAGACCGCAUCAUCUACGAUGCACACAAGCGUCUGGGGAACCGCUGGGCCGAGAUCUCCAAACUGCUGCCGGGAAGGACAGACAACUCCAUCAAGAACCACUGGAACUCCACCAUGAGGAGGAAGGUGGAGCACGAGGGCUACCUCCAGGACAGCUGCAGGGCCUUUGGCUCUGCGUCCGGCGGGGUGAGGAGACGGCACCAUAGGACCUGUGCUCCCCCCCCAGAAUCCCCCCACCCUGACCACAGCCCCCUGGCCCUGACCACACCGGCGCAGCUUGGUGGCUACAGGCAUUACGGCCCUUCCAGUGGACACCUCAUUGACAGCCUUCAUGACUCCAGCUUCUUAUCACCGUCCGGCCCUGACGACCCAGACAAAGAGCAGAGAAUUAAGGAGCUUGAAUUGCUGCUUAUGUCAGCAGAGAGCGAAGUCCGAAGACAGGCGCAGUGCAGAGGCCCAUGUAGCGCCGACCGCUACGCCAGCUGGUCCGCCAGCGUGUCCGACGACACCCUGACCACCAGCAGCAGCAGCCUGGAGGAGCAGGAGGGCUGGAGGGGGCCCGAGGAGGCAGAGGGGUCCCAGGGCCAGCUCGACGUCUCCCCCAGUAAGUUCCUGGCUGUGGAGGCCAGCACCGUGCUCUCCGCCCUGCAGACCAUCCCCGAGUUUGCUGAGACGAUGGAACUCAUCGAUUCGAUGUGUUUGGCUUUGCAGGACCCUGUAGCAUGGAGCGAGAUGGCCAGCUUCGACCUGUCUGAAGUAGGGACCCCCCAGAAGCACAGCCAGGGGGGCUACGCCCUCCCGGAGAGGACAAUUGAGGGGCUGGGUUACCAUGUGAACCCGCCCAACGCCAUCUCUGGCCUGGGUAAACACUGUGCCCCGUUUGGUCUGGGCAAGCCCAGCCCCCCUCAUCAGACCAGUGCGCCCAGACCCAGCCUUCCGUCUGUGGGGAGGAGGAAGAGGAGAAACAGGGUGGAGUCGUCUCAUGUGUGCGGACAAUCCUUCAUAGACACCAGCACCGACUCUCCCAAGAAGACCCCCUCGAAAACGCUGCCCUUCUCACCGUCUCGGUUCUUCAACGUGUCAGGGGGCGAGCACCUGAGCCUGGACACCCCCGCCCUCACCUCCACCCCUGUGUGUGGACACAAGUUCUUCAACACGCCUCUGCAGAAGGAGACCACACCCAAGCACCAGAAGGAGAACGCUGGUUUCAGGACUCCUAAGAUCCGUAAGGCCAUCUUGGGCCCAACGCCAAGGACUCCAACACCUUUUAAAAACGCUCUCGCCUUCCAGGAGAAGAUGCAUGGCCCUCUAAAGAUGGUGUCCCAGCCCCUGGCUUAUCUAGAGGAGGACAUCAGGGAGGUGUUGAAGGAGGAGACGGGAGCUGACAUCUUCACCAGAGCAGACCACCAACCAGACUUCAGGACCUGGAAACAUGACCAGGAUGGCCCUGCCAGAAAGGUGCGCAAGUCUCUGGUCCUGGACCCCUGGGAGAAAGACUGCCUCAACGUCCAGCACUUCCAGGAUCAGCUCAACAACGCACAGGUCCAAGAUGACAGCCUCCUGACCAGCUCCCUGCUGAUGACCCCCAUCCCCGAACGGGAGGAGCGCGACCGCCGCCUGUCACCAGAGCCCUCCUGCCCCCCCCACCGACACCUCCCCAGCCCCCGCAAGAAAAAGCCUCACCCCCCUCUGAGGACGCUACCUCACCCCGCACCUGGUCAGGUGAAGAACGAGUGGGAAACAGUGGUUUAUGGGAAGACGGAGGACCAGAUGCUCAUGACAGAGCAGGCGCGCCAGUACCUCAGCACCACCACCUACCCCUCCUCCAGCUCCUCCUCCAGGGCUCUCGUCCUUUGAAUGGCCCCCCUCACUCCUCCAUCCAUCCCUCCAUGCCUCCAUCCAUCCCUCCAUGCCUCCAUCCAUCACUCCCUCCCAGAAACACACUACACCCGACCUGUUUAAGGGGGUUGCCAAGGUAACCAAGAUUGCCUGAGACUCGAUUGAUAUUUUUAAGUUGACCGUCUGGCGUACGCAACAACAACAAAAAAAGCUGUGUGAAUUAAAAAUAAUGACUGAACUCUGCCUAAAGAGUAAGAUGUGACUGCUGUUCUGGUUGUCAUGGUAUUUCUUGGACACUGCCUUAGUUCUUACUUGAUAUUCACACUAUUUUUUUUUAACCAUUGGCUUGGUUUGUCUUUUUGAAUUCAUGAGAUGUUGUACUAGCCAUGUAGCUGACAGUUUUGUACCGAUGAGAAAUGCUAGAUUCUGCACUAGAUAAUAAUGUUGGAACGGCCUGCACAUACAGGACACUGUACAAAUAGAAUGUUUAUUAUUACAGGCAGUGGCUGCUUCUGAGUUACAUAUUGUUAAUAUAUAUUGCUUAAACAAAAGGAAACAAAAAAUAUGUUUUAUGAAGUAUUGUAACUUUACUCAUAUACAGUAUGUAUAAUCUUCAUCUUGUUUGUAGACCUGCCCUCUUAUCAUUGACAAAGCAUAACCUUUUGAUGAUAAGUUUUAAGAGUAUCUGUGAGAAAGCUGUCAGUAUUGCACUACUGAGUUUGGUUUGCUACAGGGGGAUAUGUAGUGUUAUGGGGUCACUGGAUAGCACUUGCGGCAUCAUGACGGCAUAAAGUUGCAGUUCCUAGGCCAUACUUUACCAUUAACAGUUUCAAGUUGAAACAAUUAUUGAAUGUAUUUUGUAGCAUAAAACUGCAAAGAAACUGAAAACGGAAGGUACCUUUUUGUUCAUUUAUUAUUUUUUUCGUAUUUAUUUUUUGCUCUAAAACUUAGAUAUUAAUAUAAAUGUCAAUCGCACAGCAUGAAAGGUUCAGUGAGACUGUCGACUAUACAGCUGUUUCACUUAAGCUUUGAUCUACAGUCAGUUCAACUGUUUUCUUUUUUCGAGUGAAACGUAGUCAAGAAAACAACACAUGACAAAUGACUAUCAUUAUUGAUUUAUAACAUACAGCUCUGGCAAUAAACUGUAUCAAAAUACACAAUAUAAAUUCAGUAUGUAUGGCUCUUGAGCUGACUACAAUUCCAAUUUCUCGAGUGUUCUAGAACAAGCGUGUAGUUGAGAAGGAUGUGCUGUUUGUGUGAAAGCUGUAGGUUCUAUUUAUUAAAUAUCUACUAAUUUAUUUAUUUCUAAAAAACAAUUUAAUGACAUUAUUGAACAAUUAUAUUUUCUUUCUAUCAACAAGGAUUUGGCUACCUUUCACAUUCAUGUCUACAGAUCAGAAGUAAACAGACUGCCAGAAAUGUCAUUCAUUCAUCAUAUUUCGUUUUUUGGAUCAGAUGAGAACUGUCCAAUUGUGUAGCAAUGUUGAUAAUGUUAGGCCAAUCUUCCUCGGAAUGAGAGUUAGUUCAUUAGGUAGCUGGAUUCCAUCCAACCUCUAAUCAUAGACAAAUUGCACUUUUCUCAUUGUGUAAGUGUUGGUUCGUUUGUUUUGUGUGUCCUGAUGAAGAUGUAGAUUUUGUUUAUCUUUAUUUCGAAAGCUUCAGUGCCGUUAAAUGAAUGUGUCACUACAUGUGACAACAGAACACGCUGAUAGAAGAAGAAGAAGAAGGCUCUAUGUUUGGUUUCUUGGCCUCUGAUGAUGUUGAGUGCUGGUGAAUGGCUAGCUGCUACUUGUACCAGGCAGAAGCAGAGAAGUGAGGCCAGACACAAGAGCACUGCAAUAACAAUCUACACAUGGUUUUGGAAGCCAAAGGACUGUUGUUCUAUUGAACUGUAAAUAUAAACUGUGCCCCAUUCCUAAACAAUCGCAUGUUUGAGUGACCAGGUUUAUGAAUACUACAUUUGUUAUGAAGGAAUUUGAACUGAAUUUGUGAUCAUCAUUUGUAAUUUUCUUAAUUGCUUUGGUAUUUUAACUCUCUGCAAACCCUUAAAUAUUAAUACUAUUGUAUAGAACACCAGUGGUGUGUCAAUGAUGUCACUUGUGGGUUUUCCAUAAUCUGGAUUAUCCAGCAUUAAGCAUGUAUGUGAGACUAAGAAGGGAAUCUUGUCAGGAGAUCAAGUGGAAAGAUCAGACGUGUUGGUGUCGCUCAGUCCCAGAGCUACAACGAUCAUGCUAUGGUUCACUGCAUACAUUGUCAAACCGACUGGUCUUAUCCAACAGCUAAAUCUGUAAAUAUGUUUGUUCCGUGUUCCGUUUGGUUUUUUUUUAGAAUCUUUGGAGUGUAUGUUUUGUUUGUAGGUUGUGAUAUGUAACACAUGCAUGUUAACAUUUUGCUAUCUAACCCAUAGGUUUUGAGGGAAUUAAGUACAAGCGUAGGAGCAGGUGUUUUCAUCUUUACACGACACAAUACGAUGUGCUGUCAUGUUCAAGCAAAACUCAUAGCAUAAUUCACUGGUGUAUCACAAUGCUUUAUUUUACAAUAUUUCUCUGCUGAUGUCAUAUCUAAGGUACCAUAGAACUCCUACCUAUUGGUUUUGUAGCCAUUUACUUAAUAUGGAAUAAUAAAAUGCUAU